ACAUCAGCCCGGGACUCGCCGCCAGAGUAAAUACCAGCUCUACCCGCUCGGCUAUAUAAGGGGGGUGAUGCAACCGCGGCGAGAGGCAGAGGCGCGGGGAGCGCGAGCGGGAGCUGCUCUCCCGCCGGCGGAGCGGGCACGGGAGAGAAAGCGGGCGCGGCGGGGUCGGCGAGCAGCCCCGGCCGGCCGGCGGCGGACCGAAGCAAAAUGAUGGUCCAACACUCUGGCCAGGUAUCUGCAUUAGAAGUCAGCGCCUCCGCAAUUGUUCCCACUUUGUCCCCUGCAGGAUCAUUGGGGUUUGAUGAUUUCACAAAUUUAACCCCAUUGGUGAAAGAGGAACUUAGAUUCGCCAUCCAAAACAAACGUCAGUCCCACAGGAUGUCUUCUACUUUGGAUACGGUGACUGUGUCCGAAAGGCCGAUGGAAUCAUCGAUCAUGAAAACAGAGUUUUCUCCUGAAGAGGAUGAAAGAAAAAAGCGAAGAAGGGAAAGGAACAAAAUUGCUGCCGCAAAGUGCCGAAACAAAAAGAAGGAGAAAACAGAAUGUUUGCAGAAGGAAUCGGAAAAGCUGGAAACUAUCAAUGCGGAAUUAAAAGCCCAGAUUGAAGAGCUAAAGAAUGAGAAGCAGCAUUUGAUAUACAUGCUAAAUCUUCACAGGCCCACCUGUAUAGUUCGGGCACAAAAUGGAAGGACACCUGAAGAUGAAAGGAAUCUUUUUAUUCAACAGAUCAAAGAAGGAACAUUACAAGGUUAAGUGAUAUGGCAAAUGUGGAAAUAUUUAUAGUAUGUUUUAACAGCUACGGAAUCCACAGAGGAUCUGACUUAUGUGUAGGAUUCUAUUAGUAAAGAGCGUUUAGGAAGGGCAGAUUGCUUUCUUAAGCAGAAAGAAUCAUUUUUGGCUUGUCAGAGAUACUUCCCCUUGGAAGAUCUGGUCUCAGUCAAACUGAAGAGCCUUCUGCCUCAAAUAUAGGUUUUGCACCUGUCAUACUUGCUGUUCCUAGGAGCUACAGACAACAGCUUCAGAAGAUUUAGCUCUCUGCUAGUAUACAGUAUCUGCACUCACGACGUUUGUGCUAGAACACUAUGACUUCGAUGAUGCACAUGGUACAUACAGCUGUGCUGGAUGGACACUACUUUUCCUUGUGGCUGGCAGGGAAAGCAGACAGAGUAUUUUUAAAGUUUUGUAGUUUCCAGGAGGAUGGUUUCUGGCAGAAUGUACUGAUAUGUAAUUUUGCAUUCUAACCUAACACACACACAAACACACAAAAAGCGUUUAGUUCCAAUUAAGCUUUGUAACUUUUUUUCACAACACUUGUGUGUUUUUUUUUUCCUAUGACUCAUCUCAGAGACUGAAUUUGAUAAGUCCUAGUAGGUGUGACAAAGAAAGGUUUCUUGCAAAAUAUCCAUGUAGCUAAGUUGGUAUUUUAGGAGCUGGAACCCCAUCUAUUAUCCUUUGGGAAGUACAGUGUUUCCUUGCAUUCAGGAGAGCAUUUGGUACCAUCACUUGGCAACUGGGUGAAUUGGACCCACUGGAAAGAGGAAAGUAAUUAUGAAGGGAUUUUGAUAUGGUUUUGCCCAAGCAAAGAACUGCAGGACUGAAUCCCAGGUUCAUGAACCACGAAAGGUUUACAAAAAAAAAUCAUCUGGGAUCUAAUCCUACAAGCCUUAACCCUCACUGACAGAAGAAGUUCCAUGACCUGUAGUGAUCUGGUUAUACAGAUAGCUCUCAGGAGUAAGACCUAGACAAAGCUUUUGCCAUCCUUGUCAGGAUUGCUUCCUUUUGCCAGAUGAUUCAGAGGGGAAAAAUUAUGAUUGCAGCUACUUUUAUUUUACGUUUAGGUGGUAACUACAGUCAAUCAAAAGUGUUACUUAGAAUCUGAAGGAGACAAGAGUUCUGAUGUAGUGAAUAAUUGUUCUCAUUUUUUAUUAAAUACUAACCUUAGAUGUUUCUGAACUAGUAGAAGAGCUGCUGGACAAUACAGUUGGAGCUACGAGUGUUUAAAUUCUGAUGUUUCUGUGAAAUUCUCAGAUUGUUUAAUUCUACGAAAUAGAUCCUUACAAUUUUUUGUAAAAGAAAAUAUCCUUAUUUAUCACUAAUAUCAUAAUGAGUAAAGUUAAUAAAUACUGCAAGCAAGUUAAAACUGAAAACACAAGUGUUGUGCUGUCUUUUUACUUUCAUGUCUUGGUGUUUAAUAUUAUAUAUUCCUAAACUUCAGGAGUUGCAAGUGACACCACUUAACCUUCAUCAUCUCCACAGAUGAGGCACUGAGUAUCUUGAAUGAUUGGGUGUAGAGAAUAUACCUCUCAAAAUUCUGUAUCUUGAUCAAUGGUGUCUAGCUGCUCAACGUCACAAUUUAAAUGGAGCUUACAGUACAUAAUAUUUUACACCAGUUAUGCAGUUUUGAAAUUGUGGUUUUAUUCUAAAGGCUAAACUUAAAGAUACCUCAGCCAUAAGCUUCUUCCUCUGCAAGUCCUGGCUGAAUGUAUCAGAUAUCACGCCUGAUCCUUAUAUGAUCUUUAUAUUCUGCAACAGAACUUCUUAGUACAUUUUCCUAAGAUCUGGAUAUAUUGUAAUGUCCUAUAUCAUGUUUAAAAGCUAUGUACUUCAUAUAUCUGAAAAAUGAAUGUAUUAAAAAGACAACACGCUAGGUCUGAUUCUGU